AGGGACUUCAUGUUGAAUUAUCACACAACAUUUACAGACCUUCUGGAGUAAGUAGAUGAAAUGCACCGAAUUCAUAGUUUUUUUAAAGUUGCUUAACAUUUUCAAGCCUGGCAGACUGUCUCAUUCAAAUUCUUCAUCAUUUUGGAGCAGAAAAAAACACUCUAAACCCUAAAUUCCAAUAAAACCCUAAAUUCCAAACCAAAAUUUAGGUCCCAUCUCUGGCCUGUUAUAUUAUGCUCUUUUGCUUUAUACAACCUUCCAAAAAUCCUUCUUGUCUCUGCUGUUUUUCUUCUACUUGCUUAUUAUGUAUAUCACCUACCACCUUUUACAUUUUCUUAAAAUUUCAUUCACACCCCACCUCUACCCCUACCGGCUACCUCUACCCUUGCACCUCAUUUCAGAAUCAGGACUUCUUUUUCCCUUAUCUUUCCCAGUGUCAUGGUCGGUAAAAAAGAUCGAAUAAUACUGAACUACUUUUUAUUGAAGUAAAAAAAAUUAAAAUCUUAUUUACCGUCAAGGUUUCAUUUUUCCUAUAUCCUAUUCAAAGAUUCAAUAUGCCAUCUGUUUUCCUCUAUAAAUCAAAGCACAAUUCAUCUCUUGCAUUCACAAUAUUCCUUCUUCCCCCACCCCCACCCCCCUCUGUCACUGUAUCAUAUACUUACUGUAUUUUACGGACAAAACGAAACCACUGAAAUAUGAAGGAGAUUUGGACAACAAUGGCAUCCAUGUUGGGUGUCUGGGCAUUCUGCCAAAGCAUUCUCCACAUUGUUUUCCCACCUGAAUUCCGCUUCGCCUCCCUCAAGUUCCUCCACCGCCUCUUCCACUGGUACUCCGCCUACUGCUACUACGACAUCACUGAAAUCGAUGGCGUCAACACCAAUGAGCUCUACAACGCCGUGCAACUCUACCUCAGCUCCUCCGCCUCCAUUUCCGGCACCCGUCUUAGCCUCACUCGGGGCCUGAAUUCUAGCUCCAUCACCUUUGGCCUUUCCAACAACGACCGCAUUGUGGACUUGUACAAAGGCGCAGCUGUCGAAUGGGAGCAUACUGUCACUCAAAGACAGUCGCAAACCUUUUCUUGGCGGCCAUUGCCUGAGGAGAGAAGAGCGUUCACUCUCAGAGUGAAGAAAAAAGAUAAACAGGUGAUUUUGGAUUCUUACUUGGAUUUUGUCAUGGAAAAAGCUAAUGAAAUACGCAGAAAAAACCAAGACAGGUUGCUUUAUACGAAUUCCCGCGGGGGUUCUUUGGAUUCAAGAGGUCACCCCUGGGAAUCUGUGCCCUUUAAGCAUCCCAGUACAUUUGAUACACUGGCAAUUGAUCCUGUGCAAAAGGCAGAAAUUAUGGCUGACCUUGUGGAUUUUGCCAAUGGUGAAUCUUUUUAUAGGAGAACUGGGAGGGCAUGGAAAAGAGGGUAUUUGCUGUACGGUCCUCCAGGAACUGGAAAAUCUAGCAUGAUUGCAGCCAUGGCUAAUUUUCUUGGAUAUGAUAUUUAUGAUCUUGAACUGACUGAAGUGAAUACAAAUUCUGAGUUAAGGAAGUUACUCAUGAAAACCAGCUCGAAAUCGAUUAUUGUCAUUGAAGACAUAGACUGUUCUAUCAAUCUGACAAACCGGAACACUGCAGGUGGUGGAGGUGCGAAUUCAGGUGGACGAAGAAAUAACAACGAUGCCUCAUCCCAUGGGAUUGAGGAUGAUGGAAAUUCAAUAACACUUUCUGGGUUGUUGAAUUUCACCGAUGGAUUAUGGUCCUGUUGUGGGAGUGAAAAGAUUUUUCUGUUCACUACAAAUCAUAUUGAAAAACUUGAUCCUGCAUUGUUAAGAAGUGGAAGAAUGGACAUGCACAUUCAUAUGAGCUAUUGUUCGUUCCCUGCACUGAAGAUUCUGCUAAAAAAUUAUCUGGGAUUUCUAGAAGAUGAAUUGCAGAAAGAAUUAUUGGAUGAAUUGGAGGGUGUAGUUAAUGAAGCAGAAAUGACUCCAGCUGAUAUCAGUGAACUUUUGAUCAAGAAGAGGAGGGAUAAAAAUAGUGCUGUUAUGGAAUUAUUGGAGGAAUUGAAGAAUAGGGUCGGAAGAAAGAGAAGGAAAUGUGGAGAAAGAAAUGGAGCGGAAGAGCAGGAGAAGAGGGCUUUGGAUGGUCCAAAAGAUGGCUGUGAUCAGUUGCAGGAAACUUGCAACAAGAAAAAUGAUGGGGGAAAUGGAUGUGACGACGACGAUAAGUUCAACCAACGGAAAGAGAGACGUGGUAGUGCGGCUAGUGCCCGGUAGACUAUCACCAUCACCUUUACUAAUGGAUGGAAUUAUCAGAUUGUCACAAAUAUUUUCAACUUGUUGAGUGUAAGAAAUGUUUGGUAGUCCAUAUUAAACAAUAUUAUAUAUGUAAAAUGAUUUGUACACGGCAAUAGGCAAUUCAAGUGCCACUUAGUUUUGCCUAGACAAUGAAUCUUGAUUUAGU